CGCGUUGGUUUUGAAAUGACAGUUCGCGGCGUCUCAACAGCUGUUCGACCAUUAUCUCAACCUAAAAGCGCAAUUUUGAAUCGGUUAAUUUAUUGCACGUGUUUUAAAACUUAUUUGACACUCUCGAAACGUUAGUUACGAUAAUUAUUUAAUAAUGGACGAAGACGCAGGCGUCAAAGCUCCAGUGACCCGUUUAAGAAGAAGACUGUCGGUUGAACAAACUGAAGAGAGCAAAUCACCAGCAAUCAACACACCAAAGAAAAGGGGUGGAAGAAAGGCUGCAAAACCUGAACUUGAACUUAUUGAUGAAAACACUCCAGACAAUACCACAACACGAAGAUCAACCAAAAAGACAGCAACAAAAGAUGUUACUGAGUCUGAAGAAAAGACAGUGACACCAUCAAGACGCACAACAAGGAUUAAAUCAAACACCAGUAUCAUAUCUGAGACUGCUCUGGUAGUUGAUUCACCCAGAGCUAAAAGAGCUGCACGAAGAGCAUCAACAGCGGGCAGUGAUGGUGAAGCUCCAAUAACACCUAUCCGACAAACCCGUAGGACUAGGAAAGACUCUGCAUCAAGUGUUGAAAAAGAAACUCAACUUCCUCCAAAACAAGGAAAACAAAUUGCAGAAAUUAUCAUAGAGGAACCUGAAGUUAAUACAAUAAAAUCAAUACCUUCACCUGAAGACACAAAUGACCAAAGUAAUUCACCCAACAAUACUCGUAGAAGUCCUCGGAUUUUGAAGAAAACUAACAAAACAACUCCUGCAAAAAUAAGAUCUGAACAAUCCAGUGAUGACAUACCUAUUUCGGAGCCUGCUAUAUUUAAACAGAGAAAAAAUAGUUUAGAUUCAGUUAGCCUAAAUCAAGAGGAUUUGGUCAUCCAAAGCAGUAAACCAGAUGUUGCUAAUCUAUCAAACAAUAAAACUUCAACUUCUGAAAAUAGACUUUCAAUAGCCAGUGCUAAUUUAAUUAAAGAACUAAAUACAGACGUUACAAGCAAAUUCAAUUUAAAUAAAAGUUUGUCAGAUGCAGAAAAUAAAAAAAGUGAGAUAAAAAGAAAAAGAACAAAAUCAUGGGCAACAUCUGCCUCAAAUGAUAAUAAAUUCAAUAAAUUCUAUAGUGACAGUGAGAUAGAUAAAAAUACUAUGAAUAACAAUAUUGUAUCUCCUUUGGUGCUUAUAAACAAAAAUGGCUCAGGGGAUGGUUCAUUUAAUGAAAGUUUGUACAGAGAUAAAUCAAAAAAAUCAAUUUCUAAAAUAAAAAAGCCAGCCAGCAUGAACUUUACAGUUGAGAACAUUAAUGAGCCUUUAGACAACGUUAAAAGUAUUAAGAAUAGUAUUGUAAUAGAAUCCAAGAACGAAUCUAUUAAAGAUAGCCAAAAUAACACAAAAAAAGAUAAUAUACUUACAAUCGACCUCUUUAAAAGGGAGCCAAGUGGCAACAUGAAAACAAUGGUAUUCAUUGAAGAUUCUGACUCGAAUUCCGAGAAAGUACAUAAACCAGCCAUACACGAAAGUGAAGACCAAUGUGUCCCUGUUGUAGAGCACCCUGUUGAAGAAUUUCCAGUAAAACUAAACUCGUUCACAUCUAUUUUAGAUCCAAAUGAACAAAACAUUUUAAACAAAUCUAAAGAACUAGUUAUACCAAAAGAUAUCUGCCCUGUGGAUUGUGAACCAAUGGAUAUUGACGAAACUAUACCAGAAAACGUUAUAACACCUGAAGCACAAAGUCCUAAAAACAAUCAACCUGACAGGAAAUCAGUAUCUGUUCACAUCUCUAAUUUAUCAAGUGAAGAAGUAGUUAAUAAAUCUAAACGAAAGUCUUCCAUUACUCAAAGCUUAGACAGGAGUGAAAUCGAAACCAAAAGCACCCUUAUACUAUCACAAAUAAAAGACUCGACAGGGGAUACAAAUAAUGUAGUAAAAUCACCACAAGUCACAACUAAUAUGCUUCUCUCAAAAUCUGUUGAUGAUUUAAAUAUCACUCAAGAAAUUGAUGUCAAGAAAAAUUUAUCUCUUCAUUAUUCGACAAGUACUCCGUUACAGGAAAAAAAUAUCCAGAAGUUCAAAGGAAUCCAUGUUAAUACUUCAAUUAUUGCUUCUCAAAACAAUGACAGUAAAAAUACUAUCAAGGAUGUUGGUAAUAUGUCCAAAGAUAAAUAUAACAAUACAUCCAUAAAUAAAAAUAUUGACUUGUCCAAGGAUCAUAUUAUGAAAGAAAAUCAAUUAAAAAAAGGGAAAGAUAAGAAAACUCCUAAAAAAGAAUCUAUUGAUAUUCAAAGUGAAAUCGUCCACUCUAAAGAAUUAAUAGAAAAUGAUAAAGAAUUAUUAAAUGACAAACAAAUUAACGUAAAAGAUGCACUCAAUCAGCAAAGUGGGAGCGAAUCAGAGGAUGUAUCUCUUGAUAAAAAGUCUAAUAACCUGUCUGAAGUGAAAAAGAGUCAGAAAAAUGAUAUAUCGAGCUCAGAAGAAUCAGGAGAUGAAAUAGAAUCAGAUGAUGACUCUGAAAAAAAGAGUAAUUUUGUUUUUGACGAGGCUAUUGAUGCUGGUGACAGCUAUGAGUCUGGUGAUAGUCAAGAUGAAAGCGAGCAACGGUAUGAAAAAGAAAAUGAGAUCAUAGACAAGGGUGAAACAUUGACAACAGACGAAGAAUUUUCAGACAACUCAGAUUAUGAAAAAGAUUCAUUUAUAGUGAGCUCUAACGAAGAAGAUGAAGAAUUAUUAGAUGGUUCAGAUGAUGACUUGUCGAUGAGCGAUAAUGAGCUUAAAAUGACUUCAAAGUCAAAGAAAAAAUUCGAUGAACGAAAAGUAAAGGAGCAAAAGAAAGCUUCUAGAGAAAUGUUUGCUUCACGGCAUGGAUUAAACUCUUUAAAUAAAAGUUCAAAUUCGGAAAUAGGCGCAACUAAAAAGAACAAACGACAACAGAUAAGUUCCUCAGAAUCUGAGGAAGAUAUACCAAUCAAACCUAAGAAAAAUAAUAGACUACGAUUAGACUCCACUAAAGAGGCUAGCUUCCUUGCUGACGAAAAAGAGAUCAAGAUUUCAAAAAAGAAAAGUAAACAACUGUCCGAUAGCGACAGCAGUAGUGAUGAAAGUACACCAAAUGAAAAAGAAAUGACGAUCUGUAAUGAAACUGUAAAAGAAAGUGACCCAUUAUCUCAAAUAAAAGUAGAGCCCAAGACUCCUCAAAAAAGUGCUGACUCCACUAUAGCGUUUAUUGAUUCAGAGGAUGUUGAUAAUGAUAGAAUCAAUAAAAAUGAAUCAACAAUGACUCAAACUGAGUUACUGGAUCCAUUACAAGCUACAAUGGCUGCAGAUGACGAUGAGGAUGACCAUGAUGAUUCCCUCAGUAGUGACAAUGAAAAUAUAAUCCAAAACUAUGAUUCUGUUUUGCAAGACUUAAAUAAAAGCAGUAAUUUAAAAGCUAAAGUUUUUGAUAUUUCAUUAAACAUCCAUAAUAAAAGAAAGAAGAAAGUAAAGACUACUUUAGUAGAGGAAUUAAAUUUAACUCAAGUAAAAUCAUCUAAGAAAUUAAAUAAUAAACAUAAAGAGGAAAACAAUACUAGCCUGAAAGAAAUAAUAUCCAAAACAGAAGAGGAUAACGCCUCGUCGGAUUCUAUUGAUUUACAUUUGUUGUUCUCUGAAGACAGCAAUAACAGUGAUACGUCGUCAUUACAGAAUAAAAUGAAAAAUACUAGUACGAAUUCUGAAGUAAUUAUACCAUUGAAAAGAACUGAAGCAAAAACGGAUGUUCGUGAAUGUAAAGUUAAUAAAGAUGCAAGCAGAAAAUCUAUGGAUGUGUCGUUCAAUAAUAGCAUUACUAAUAGUAAUAAACAUAAAUCUCAACACCAGGAAAAUAUUUCAAGCAAAGAAGAAAGCACCAGCUUUUUUAUCGAUACCAUGGGAUCGCACGCCGAUUCAUUAGAUAAAUCACAUAAUAGUAGUUUAAAAAGGAAAAAUAACCAAUUAAUUGGAAAAAAUAAUUCUGCAAUGGAUAAAUCUGUGAAUGAAGCCAUCAAAACAAACCCUAUAGUAAAUUCAGAUGAUGAAGCUCCACUUGAGGUCUCGUAUCAAAAAGAAAAUGCCUCAAAGCGAAAAUCUAAAUCACAAGAAAACGAAAAUGACAUUGUUGUUGAUGUAACAGAUGUAGCAGAAAAGUCUAUAAACAAGUCGAUAGCUAAAACGCCCACCAGUGAAAAGAAAAAGAAUAAGAAAAUGGACGAUGUCAUUUUGGACCAAACAGAUAAUAUAUGUAACACAACUGCUAAUAAAUCUGCACUUAAAACUCCCAACAGUGGAAAGAAAAAGAAGAGGCAAUCAGAAACAUGUCAUAUGGAACAAAAUGAACUCCCGGUGGACCAAUCACUAAAUGUUUCGCAAAUAAAGACACCAGGGAGCCAAAAGAUAAGGACUAGCGAUCCACUUACAGAUAAUCAAGAGGUAACAAUUGAAACUGGAACCAGUGAGAAAAAGAAACUUAAAGGUGCAUCCAACUCUUUCUCAGUAGAAAACGAAAUUCCAUCAGUUUCAGUAGAAAGCCGUGAAAGUGAAACCAGUUCCAAAAAACGUAAAAGAAAAUCAUCUCUCAACACCACAAAAGAGGAUAUUCCCCCUGCAGAUGCCAGUUCUAAAACAUUUAACGAAUCACUUGUUGGUAGUAAGAAGAAGAAACGCAAAAUUGCCUUGCUGGAUGAAAUCGCCACAGUUGCGGAAGCAGUUCCAAAUGUGGAAGAACAUAACAAAAAACAAGACCAGAAAAUAUUUUCGAGCAAUGUAUCGAACGCUAGAACUGGAAUUGAUGAAGUAAAUAAGAAGAGAAAUAAAAAGCGAAAGCAGCGGGAAGAAGACGAAACGACAAAUCAAAGUUCAAAGAUGCUGAAACAAAAUAUCUUCCACCAAGUGCCACGUCUACCACCCACCCUAUUAGAGAAAUUAGAUGAUGUGCCAAAUAAAGAAAUUCCUACUAAAAAGACUAAAGUGAUAUCUACAUCACAAUUCCUUGUUCAAGAAACGAAAAAGAGGAAGAAUAAACCAUCAAACUAUCUAGAAGAGAGUGUUUGCUUAAAUGAAACAUUUGAAAAUAAAACAAACAACAAGAAACGUCUCGAUAAACCAAAAGUGCUACCAUUUGUACCGACGGCUUCAACAUCUACCAGUGGUUUUACAACUAACUUUAAAAUUAAUGUUGUGCCCAGUGAUAUUAAAUUUGUAGCCCAAUCGAACACAAUAAGUAGUUUCAGGGACAAUUACAUGUAUGGCAAUAAAAUUAGAAGGCUGGGCACAUAUGACAUGUACAAAAGGCAGAGAAAUGUGAAAUUGUCGAAAUUCUAAAUAAAUUUUAAUUACAAUAGUAGCUGGUAUAAACAGGGUGCGUCGCAAACCAAAAAUCAUAAGAUGUUUGGCCCUGGAUAUAAAAUGAAAUGAGACAUUUACUCUAAUGUGGAUUUGACUUCAUUUUACUUGACAUCUUACACUAAGUCUACUGUAGUCGCUUUUAAACAUUCCGUAGAGGCCGUAAACGUUGUUCUUCAUCCAUCAUUGUUGGACUUAGGCCUUAAACCAUGAUCGAGAGAAAGAGGAAAUGUUGCCGAAUAAGGAGAAAGCGAUACUUAAAUUAUUUUCUCCGCCACCGUAACUAGUAGUACUGGUCAUGUAAAAAAGGUGUGAACUUUUCGAUACCACCUGAUAAGACUAAACCAUUAAAAAAGGCAUGGUGGACAAUAUUUUCAUGUCGUCGUGCCCGUUUUAAAAUAAUAUUGUGUCUUCGUGACUGCAACAGUGAAAAAAGGUGUGAAGACUGAUCCUUCGGCGUAGUGCGUAGUGAUGUGUGAUACAAAACUCGUCUUGCCUAAAUUUGGUUUAGUUGACUAAAGGAAAUUUUGGCAGACUGAUCUCUUCACUCAAUUCUUUGAUAAAUUUAAUAUUGACUGAAACCAAUGCAAAAUUGUUAUUCUAUUUGUUUGUGUGCAUUGGCUCUAAAACUUUUAUUCUAACGUCUUAAUUGUUAAUACCGUUUACCUCAUCAAAUCACAAAAUAUAAUUAGGUUUUAAAUUUUAACCAGCGUGUUGAUCUAGGAAAUAUAAACCCCAGCGAUCCCAGUUCCCUCAGUAUCCCAGCGAUUCAAUCUGACUGCUCUCUGUAGUCACCUCGUCAGAUUGUAACUAUAUAACUUCCUCAGUUUAGUUAAGAGAUUUGUGCACAACAAUAUUGGAACCAAUAACAGUCUGACAGGCCUGCUUCUAAAGGUUCGUGUCCUUCCUUCUGAAAGUGUUUUAGAGGCUUCUGGCUUAUUAUGAUUAUGGCUACGAUUCUUCUGUAGCCAUAUUCAUAAUAAGCCGAUGAAACCAAAGUGAGUUAAGUGGUAAUCCGCAAUGUUAGAUAACGUGGAAAACCGCCUGCUCUGAUCAUAUUUUAUUGGGAUUUUGAUAGUGUAAGGUUAUUCACCAGCUGACCAAAAAUGUUUACUAUUGCCAAGCACGAUUCUACAAUAUCUUUUGACGCAUUUUUCUGUCCGUACUUCAUUUAUUCAACUUUUAACUUAUAUUUAUUGCCCUCAUUUAAUCUAGUUAUCUUAAUAAUGUUUAUGUAGUAUAAUCGUUUUUAACAGAUUAUAGCGGGCCUGUGAUUGAUUUGCGUUACAAUAAUAAUUGUUUUUAAGUUUCGUUUUAUUGUCGUUGUUAAAUUUACACUAUUUUAAGUACUGAGUUUGGCUUUUUUUAGCCCGUAAGUUGGGGUAGUUGUGUAAUUUUAAAUAUUUACAAGUAAUUUUUAGCGUAAUUAUUUUUUUUAGAGCGGUCAACCUCCCUCUUAAAUUUCUUUCAAUAUUAAAAACAUACCUCCAUUGUGAUUUAUGAUGUAGAAAGAAGAGAAAUUGAUCGUAAAGUAUAUGAACAACCUAACAUAUUAAUUCAUUUCAUUUAUGGGGUAGUCGUUUGCUAAUUCGCCGAUUUUAAACUAAAUCUGUAAUUUGUAAAAGAUAUGUAAUAAAUGUAUAAUAAUGUGUUUUAAAAUUCCCGCCAUAAAAUUGAGGUUACCUUAGAGGGCGCUGGCAAGUUAAGUAAAAAAUGUAUCGCCCAUGUGCAGUGUUUU